AUGGCAUAUUGGUCUAGUCAGAGUGAAAACCUACAACCUCCAGUAAAUAUGUAUCCAGACCCGGCCACAGUGAGGUUCACUUCAUCAUCAACGCAAUCAAGAUCGACACCAAGAAAUAAAUUUGGAAAACAUUAUGAUCUAGAUGAAACACAUGCGAAGAGAAAUUGGGUCAUAGAGAGAGUUUGUGACAAUUCCACACAUAGAUAUCAAGGCGAUUCCAAAAGUCUGGCUGUUGAACGUAAUUCUCUGAUAGAUCAAAGGCAUAGCAUCAUGUACUGUCGGGUUCAAAAGAUUGGCUCCACAUUUCUCACCAGCCUUCUUCAUAAGCUGAAUAUGGCUAACAAAAACGAAGAUGGACAUACGAAACUUAUGCCCGUAAACGCUUUAAAAGACAUUGGAUUUGUAAACCUUCAUUCAUCACUCUUGAAAUCCUUUAAAUUCAUGUUUACUCGAGAUCCGUACAGUCGUCUUUUAUCUGGAUACGUGGACAAAUUAUUCUCUGUAAACACUCUUUAUUGGAAAUCCAUAGGGAUGUACAUCAAAAACAAAUUGUUGAACCCAGAAGGACAAUUUUCUCUAUGUGGAAAUGACGUUACAUUUCCGCAAUUCAUUAAAUACGUUAUCGACGUCGAGACCACUGGCAAGCACGGUGAUGUCCACUUUACGCCUAUUUACAAACACUGUAGACCGUGUCAGAUACAGUACGAUUUCGUAGGGAAGAUGGAAACGUUUGCAAAAGAUACGCUGGUUCUUGUCAACACUUGGAAUAAACGUUAUGGUACUAACAUCUCUUACGAUGAUUUUGAACAAGAAACUGUCUUAGAUCGGGUUAACGGUCACGUUGGACGUCUUUAUGGUAUGAGGAAACAAGUUAUGGAGUGCACAUCGUUUCCUUCUAUGAUGAAACGUGUUUGGACAGAUUUUCAAAUCAGAGGUUUCUUGUCGAAAUAUUCGUCAUUUCCUUUUACAGAUGAAGAGGCGGAUUCACUUACCAAAUCCCAGUUUAUUAGUGUUCUUGUAAAUAUCAUAACAGACAAGUCGACUGAUCGCAAAGCUGUGAAGGAACAGAAAAUGGAGGCGCUUGUACAGGCUUACAGCUUGGUGCCAAUGGAGGACCUCGUCAAACUUCGGGAAGUAGUUCGCCCAGACUGUUUGUUAUUCGGGUAUAAUGAUUCGCCAGCUUAUAUUUUCAAUAGGACUGACGACUUCCAAAAUAGUGUUCAGUAUCGCUAUUUCGAUAUCGGAUAA